AUGUGGGGCUUGACAUGCUGCCUGGCUUGCUGGCAAAUCGUGUAUGCGUUCGCACUUUCGCCCUUCGAUUGGCCAAAUGUCUUGGGGCAAGCCUGGCUUUUUGAUCAGGGCUCCACGCAUGGUUUCCGCUCAGAGCCAGGUGCCAUUCGUGGGCCUGCACCUGACUGGGCCAUGGCAGGGAGGAUCCCGCUGGUCGAGUACGGGAUUGCCACAGAUCUGCGGUCCGCUUCGGGGCUUUUGACCGCAUCUUCAUAUCCCGGCACUAUCGUUCUCGAUGGCAAUGUCACAUCUGGGGGAUCAGAAUUGCGCGUCCAGGCCUGCUUGAUCUUCCAUUCAGCAAGCACUGCGAUUGUAAGGCUCUCUGUGCAAAACCAGGGUUCUCAGACCACACAGGUAAGGUUCAGAGUUACUGCAUCCGACAUCAAUGUGACUUCUGCUUGGCCGGCCAACUCGAUCGGCUUCGCUCUGCCGGAAUCGAACUUUCUAUGCCUUCGUGAAGAGGGGCCCAGCCGAGGCAAUUUCCUUUUUGCGACCAAAUGUUUGAACCAUGGCACGCAGCAAGACCUAUCGUGGAAUCAUACGUUAGACCAGGACCGAUUGGUUGUCACAUCUUCAGAGAUUCUCGUACAAAGAGACAGAGAGGCAAGCGCCUUCAUAACUGUUGCUUUCCCACCAAAUGCUACUACAGUUGGAGCCGAUGCACACAUGUUGAACUCGAUGGUGAGCAGCACAAUCCUUCGGUGGAGCUCAUACUUGCAGACUGCUUUAAGCCCUUUGGUUCAGAGCCCUGGCAUGCAGUGGGUUGCAGUAAAAUCUGUAAUGACAUUGCUGAACAAUUGGCGGUUUGUACCCGGUCUUCCAGAUGGCGUGCUACCAUCUUACAAUGGCUACGAGAGUGGGUUCUGGUCUUGGGACACAUACAAGCAAGCUGUCGGAAUGGUAGGCUUUGCCCCGCAGCUUGCCAAAGACCAGCUACGCCUGAUUGUUUCUGCACAGAACAAGCAAACCGGGCACAUUCCCGACAAAGUGGACCGGUGUGGAAAAGCUGGUGGCUGCAGUGGUAAACCCCCGUUGCUAGCCUGGGCCGCGUGGCAGAUCUUUGAGGCAACGCGGGAUUUCUCAUUCCUUCAGGAAAUGUACGAUGCCACCAAGCAAUUUCAUUAUUUCUGGUAUUCAGCCCGAGACCUUAAGGGUGUCGGCCUGUGCUCGUGGACGGAGGGAAUGGAAAGUGGCAUGGAUGACGGUGUCAGGUUUUUGCCACAGUAUGCUGCCUCCAUUUCCAAUGCUUCCAGCCAUGUCACUACCUUAGACUUCUGGUCCAUUGAUUUGAACUCUUACCUCUACAAAGACAAGCUGACAUUGUCCGCAAUGGCAGAUGCGCUUGGCAUGAUGCAGGAAGCACGAGACUGGAAAGCGGCGGCGGAAACUCUGUUGCCGAAGCUGCGUCAGACAUUUUUCGUUCCUGACGGGAGGGCUGGCUUCUUUUCAGACGUAUACUUCAAUGGCACGGCAUUGCCGAUUGCAGGUUGUGAAGGAUAUGCUGCCUUGUUUGCUGGUGUAGCAACCCUGUCGCAGGCUAAGCAAGUGGCCGACACGCUGCGAGACCCCAACAAGUUCCUCCUGAACUUCAGCUUACCAUCCGUCAGCAAGCAGAACGCCUUCUACAAUCCCCAUGGCUACUGGAAAGGUCCCACAUGGUUGGACCAAACAUGGUUCGCGUACUCUGGGCUGCAGAGCUAUGCUGCGGAGGCGAAGAGGGGCGGUGAGGAAGAUUCUGAGGCAGCUUUCUCUCAGCUUGCCUCUGUUCUGAAGAGCAGAGUCUUCGAAAGGGGCCGGGGCUUUUCUGACAAGGAUCAGACUCCACUUAACGAGCACUACAAUCCGGAGACAGGAGACCCUGAGGGCGCUCAGCACUUCAGCUGGACAGCUGCACAUACUUUGAUGUGGACUUCAGAAGGCCAUGCCCCGCCGGAAGAGCGGGAAUUGUGGACGUAG